CUGUUUUGUUUCUGUGGGGGUCGAUGACCUCCACUCAGGACUGACCAAUCACAUGGAAGUAGGUUACGAUCGCACAUGCGCAGAUGCAGCAGAGUAAUUUGUUGAUAUCUUGCUUGGUAGUAUUCAUUUAGACUUUGGUUUUUCAAAGCCAAAUUUAUCCCCAGCCUCGGGGUUUUCAUUAUUUGCGUUGGGCAGCACAGUUAACUAGACCGUUAUCUAUAUGAAGGGCUAAUGGAAGACACAAGGGAUUUGAAUUAAAAAAAAAAAAAAAAUAACCGUCUGAGAGCUGAAACAAGAGUGCUGAACGCACCCCGCGUUCAGAGCGCAAGCGGAGAGACUCGUUCGGGAUGUUUGAUGGCUAUGACAGCUGCAGCGAGGAGUCUACCAGCAGCUCCAGCUCGGAGGACAGCGAGGAUGAGGUAGUGCCCUCCAUCCCUGCCAGCCUGCCCAUCAUCAAGAACAAUGGUCAAGUCUACACUUACCCUGACGGCAAGGCUGGAAUGGCCACUUGUGAGAUGUGUGGGAUGGUUGGAGUACGAGAUGCUUUUUAUUCCAAAACCAAGCGCUUCUGCAGUGUGUCCUGUUCUAGGAGUUAUUCCUCAAAUUCCAAAAAAGCUAGCAUCUUGGCAAGACUCCAGGGCAAGCCACCAACAAAAAAGGCAAAAGUCUUGCAGAAACAACCUCUUAUGGCAAAGUUGGCCGCUUACGCCCAGUACCAAGCAAGCCAGCAGAACCAGGCCAAAUCGAAAGCUGUGGUCCCUGCGGAAACCUUUGAAUGGGGUCGGUAUAUCUGUAGCAAAAACACGAUUGGAGCUCCAGUUAGCUGCUUCAAGCAUGCCCCUAUGGGGAAAUGCUGGGGAGACAUAGAAGAAGGAGUGAGGAUUGAAGUGGUCAACACUGAUUCCAACCUCUCCACUAAGGUGUACUGGAUAGCAGAAAUCAUUAAGCUAGCAGGGUUCAAGGCUCUCCUGCGGUAUGAGGGCUUUGACAACGACAACAGUAAGGACUUCUGGUGUAAUCUCUGCAUCCCUGAAGUGCACCCGGUGGGAUGGUGUGCUUCAAGUGGCAAACCCCUUGUACCUCCAAAAAGCAUACAUCAUAAGUACUCUAACUGGAAAGCCUUUCUUGUGAAGCGUCUCACUGGAGCUAAAACACUGCCACCUGACUUUAACGCCAAGGUACACGAGAACUUGCAGUACCCCUUCAAGAAGCUGAUGCGGGUAGAGGUGGUUGAUAAGAACUACCUGUGCCGGACACGGGUGGCGCUGGUGGAGCAGGUAAUCGGAGGUCGCCUCAGGCUGGUCUAUGAGGAGAGCCAGGACGGGUCGGAUGACUUCUGGUGCCACAUGUACAGCCCCCUCAUCCAUAAUAUAGGCUGGUCGCGCAGCAUCGGACACCGCUUCAAACGAUCCGAUGUUACAAAGAAAAUUGAGGGUCAAGUUGAUGCUCCUGCACUGUUCUUCCAUAAGGUAAAAGAUGUGGACCAGAGUGGUGAUUGGUUUAAAGAUGGAAUGAAGUUAGAAGCCAUUGACCCCCUCAACCUCUCAGCUAUAUGUGUAGCCACUGUAAGAAAGGUGUUGGCAGACGGGUACCUCAUGAUCGGGAUUGAUGGUUCGGAGGCAGUGGAUGGAUCAGACUGGUUCUGCUACCAUGGCACCUCCCCUUCCAUCUACCCUGUCGGCUUCUGUGAAAUCAACAGCAUUGAUCUUACGCCCCCUAGAGGGUACACUAAACUGCCAUUUAAAUGGUUUGACUACCUCAGAGAAACAGGUUCAAUAGCUGCUCCUGUCAAGCUCUUUAACAAGGAGAUUCCCAAUCAUGGUUUCCGGCAAGGCAUGAAGCUGGAGGCUGUUGAUCUGAUGGAGCCGCGGCUGGUGUGUGUUGCCACGGUGACAAGGAUUGUGCACCGGCUACUGAGGAUCCACUUUGACGGCUGGGAGGAUGAGUAUGACCAGUGGGUGGACUGCGAGUCACCUGACCUCUACCCCGUGGGCUGGUGUCAGCUGACUGACUACCAGCUCCAACCCCCCGCCUCACAGAGUAACAGAGAAAUGCCUCAAUCUGUACCCAAGCAGAAGAAAAAGGCCCAGCAGUAUAAAGGCCAAAAGAAAAAGAGGAAGAUUCCGGUUGGUCGACGGCCCUUCAGUCAGGCAGGCAGGAGGAGGAGCAGCUUCUCGGGGGACGAAGAACAGAGUCCGCCCCCUUAUCCUGCCCAGGGGCCCUCUCGGCCCCGACCCCGAACCCACCUCCACCAAAUCCACAAAUCAGAGUCUCUCCUGCGAAUGAAGGAGGAGACGGCUGAGGUGGACGAGUUUACCUUCUCACAGGGCACCUCCGACCAGGAAAGCAACGGCUCCGGCAGCUACUACAUCAAACAGGAGCCCUGAGGUCGGGGCGGAGCAGGACAAAUCGGGGCAGGACACACCUCUGGGAAACCCCAGCAAGGUCCGGAACUUGGAGAGUCAAACUAGUCUGGAAUCUCACUCAGACCAAUGCCACAGGCCUUCUAUGGAGUCAGUACAGGAGAUGCCGAUGACAAGGAGAAGGGGGCACUUUCAUGCUUCUGAAAAAUCCUGAAGGGAACAUCCCUCUGAACCAUUUUCUAACCUCGUAGCUGUGUGUGCACAUAAUCACAAUUACACACUCACAAAACCUGGGUCACAUACGUUUGGGCAUUCUCUUUCCUACCACCUACGGAUGACGCAACAUCAUUGUCUCUCUCUCCUGUCUGGAACUUCCAAUCAGACGAGAUAUUCAGAUGGGUAAAAAAAAAAAAAUCAACCCUUUCUCUCACAGAAAUGGGAGUCCUGCAAGUCGACACCAGCCCACCCUGCCUCUGCCACAAUCUGGGCCGCGCACAGAGACCUGUAGAAACUGUGAGAACCAUUUAUUGAGCCAGGUCUAGCUUUUUUGUGUGUGUGUGUGUGUGUGUGUGUUGCUGUUUUCAGGUCAGAGAGUCAGCCACUGAACGAACGGCCUGAGGAGAAAAGAGAGGCUGGGAGUAAGAGGAACAGAGUUGUGUAUAUUUUGAUUAUUUUCUUCUGAACAAUAUUGCCAGGUGGACUUACUUUGUUAAUAGUACUUGAAGUUUUUUUUUUUUUUUCUUUCAUUUUGUAAUGAUUUUGGAGUUGUUUUGGUCUUAAUGUACCUUUUUUUUUUUUUUUUUUUUUGCAUUUACAUUUUUGGUGGCUGUGUGGAAAACUUAAUGUGCAUUGUUCCAUAAAAGUGAUUAUAUUCAUAUAGAAUGUGGAGACAUAUUCAAAUAGAACUACAGAGUAUAAAUAUAAAAUCUUAGUACAGUGCUGCUCAGCAUUACUGACAUUUUUUGGCUGGCUUUUUUUCUUCCAAUAUUGGCCAGAAGAUUUCCACAGCUGCAGUCAUUUCUGAUUCAACCAUUACAGAGGCAAAAUUUAAUUCCAUUUCAACAAUAUCAUUCAUAUUAGGGCUUUUUUUUUUUUUUUUACCACCUACGAUUUAUUAAGGUCACCAAAAUCUAUUUAGAUUCCACAACUAAUUGUUUAUUUGUUGAUCAAUACUUUGAAAUAUAUAAAUUGUUAUUUGGCAUUUCUCAGACAGCAUCUGAGGGGUGACAUUAACAUUUCUUUCUCUCUCUAUUGUAGAACCAAUUUGAUGUUAUGGUGUGUGUAUAGAUGACAAAUUUAAAUGGACAUGGUGCAGCUUUAAAUAGUAAUCCAUGACCAUUGUUUUAUUCAAUUACAGAAAUCCCCUCGCACAUUCCAUUGGGCUUUCACUAACACUGCACAUUUGUACAUCUUCUUAUCCUUCAGCUAUAUUAAGUGGGCAUUGCGGGGAAUAUCUGGUUUUUAUUACAACUAUUUUUUAUGUCACAAAACUGUGACCUUCGCACAACAUUUCCUUUACUGUCCAGCUGGUAAACCUGCCUGUAGAUUACUGUAGAUUGCAUUAGCUAGGAGCUAACAGUGUACGGUGGCUUGAUACCUUAAUGUGGCGUUUUAGUAGGGACCUAUCACAGAAAUCGGCGCUCCCACAAUGCAACUAACUUGCUGUAGCAAGAAUUCAGCAGUGCUCAUGAGGCCAGGAGUGGCCCUCGCUGAAAUGUAUGAGUUAUUGUGAGUAUUUCAGUAUCUUUGUGCUGUAAUUUUGAACAGAAAUGAUGAAGCUGUGGAGACAAGCUGUUUGCCAUAAAAUAAAAAUAAAAAAUCACCUUAGUUAUAAUGAAAUACUAAAUGAGAAACAAAUAAGCAUAGUGUGACUGUACGUGAGCUGCAGGGUAUGUUGUAUAAAAGCGAAACCUUACUGGUAUGAUAGGUAGACUCUGACAUGUUAUUCUCACUGUCACUGUCCAACCCUACAAUAUGUACUUUGACCUUUUACAGUUUGGAUGUAGCUGCUGUCAGGGACGAACCUCAGUCUUAUCGGACAGACAGACACGCUGACCGAUGUUGGCCUCCAGUGUCAGCCAAACCGUACAGUACAGUAUAUUCAAAUAUUGUAGAUGCUGGCAGGUACUUCACUUACAUACUGUCAAAGGUUUCACUACAGCAGUGUUUCAGGCUGCAGAUGCGUGUGUUUCUGUUGUCUUUUGGACCAUGUCUGCUGUAUUUAUACCCAGAGGAGGACAAAGCUCAAAGUUCCAUCUGGAACUCCUCCUCACCUGUAUGGAGUCUGAAGUAUGCCAUCAGAUUUAUAGACGUAUUCAGUAUUAAAUUAUAGUCAAUUAAUACAUUUUAGAAAAGCAAAUAUAAAUAGUUUAUUUUUUAUUUUGAUAAUGCAUUACAAAUUGAAAUUGAAAAAAAGGAACAUUACAUAAAAUAUCCUUAUUCUGUCUGUAAAUGAUGUUUUGAUAGUUGGAUUAUAAAAUGCAAUGGCAGAAUACAUUUUUAUUUAAAGAAAUACCAACACACAACCCACAUAGUGCCUUUCUCUACAGCCAGCUGUGUUUGCAGGACGGCCUGUGGAUUUGAGGUCCGUGUGUAAUAUUUAGCACACUGUUAUUCUAGUUACUUAUAAUAAUUUAAUUUAAAGAUGUGUAAGCAAAGUAAAAUUGAGAAAUAAUUUAGUGAUUUCUUUUUUUAAUGCAUUACUUAAAUUUAAGUUCAAUUAAUGUACAAUUGCUUUUCGAAAAUUAGUAAUUUAUUGAUGAAUAUAAUUUAAACGAUGAAAAAGUGGCACACUUAAGACUCCAUACUUCAGCAAGUGUAGCAUCAGACUUUGUUUUCUGUUAUUGAAAAUAAGAGGUUGGACUCAUCAAACAGUUUAGUUGUCCAUAUGCUAAAAAGAAUGUUACAUAUUUUAUUAGGGUAAUAUGCAAAGCAUUUUUUUUUUUUUAUUAUUAUUGCUUAGGUUAUUCUCAUGUCAGAGCCAUAUGUAUGCAAGCUAGUUUAUGUUUCACCUGAGCCACAGAAUAACAGGUUUGUUGUCAAUAAUGAAACAUGAAAAUGCACUGCUUUUCCAAUAGUCUCUGAGGGCAGCAUUCACAUAACACGACAGCAUCUAAAAGUGACAUAAAUACAUAGAUUCUAUACAUAUAUAUAUAUAUAUAUAUAUAUAUGCUUCAUGACUGAUUAGUCAGAAAUCCAUGCUUGGCCAUGGAAAAGACUAGACUCCUUUCAUUCUUCUUAGAGCUAAAUCUUUGCAGCUGUUUAUCUACUACCUCCUGAUGCUAGCCACGUUUAGUUAAAACGAGAAAAAAACAAAACCGUGUGAAAUAGACUAUGGCAUUGUGUUAGCAUAUGCAAAUGAAGAUGAUUACCGAAAACGAUCCACUUGAAGACUAGACACCAAACAUGGAAGAAUUUUAUCACAGCACAUGAGGUAGUCUUCUAAUUAGAAUGAUAUGCAAUAAUAAUAGAUCCCAUAUUAUUUUGCUAUGUUAAAUAAAAGGUAUAGCACCCUCAAAUGUCAUGAUCACUACAUUAAUAUAAUUAACAGAUGAGAUAAUUUAACAAAAUGGUAUUGUAUAACUGUGAUUUUUGUGAGCAUGGGUUCACAUACAGAAUACUCACUGUAUGGCCAAAGGCUGUAUUGAAAUGCAGAGCAGAUCUAAAACUUCUCAGUGACGGUAAAAGAUCCAUCAUUUCUCUUUCUACCAGUAAGGUUCAUGAUUAGAUUCUCAGGAAGUUUGUUUCUUUUCUUUUCUGUUUUGGUUGUAAGGGUCGUAACUACAAGUCUGAAUUAGCUGGGUUUGAAAAGCUCAAAGGCGUUUGCAUCAUGUGCAUCUUUUUGGUGAAAGAAAAUAAGUGUCGUAAUAACUAGUAACUGAAAUAGUACUUGUACUUGUGAAAUGUAACCACAUGAUGCUGUAAUGUAAAUACCACUGAAUGUAUAGGAGCUAUUUAAUCAGCUAUCUGGUGGUUUUAAUUUCCAUCUUUGACAUUUCCAGUAGGUCAUUUCAAGUGGUGCAAUAUGAAACCCUUGUUUUUUUUUUUACUUUUUCAAUUGUUGUAUGCACAAAUUCAGAUAGAAAUUCCUAAAAAAUGAUACAUAGUCUAGUUCAUUUUUAUCUGAAGUCCUGUGUGCAAUUAUUAUCGUCUUGAUCAAGUUAAUUAUGUAUCUCAUCCUGACUAUGAGGGUUUCUUCCUCUUGUUUUAGACAUGCAUUCGACUCUUUCAAAAUCAAUUCAAAUUUCUUUUUAAUUGCACCAUUUUAAAUGAAUCUGAAAUACAUUUUAAAGGCAUACUAUGCAACUUUUCCAGCUUCGGCCCCCUACAGGUUGUCUCAUUGGACAACCUGUAAACCUGUUGCCUUUAAAGACAACAAUUCAAAUUACAGCAAUUCAAAUGGAUAGUUUUCAGAGUUUUUUUUAUAUAUAUAUAUUAAUACUCUCAAUUCAGUGGUAUUUAAAAUUAAUUAUCCCAUAGUGGUUACAUUUCACAUUAAGGUAUUCAUUUGUUUUCAAGACUAAUUAUUAGGGCCAUUUUUUACUUCCGUACUGUUCAAACAACAAAGGUCUUAUCUCACUAGCUACUUCGUGUAUUUUUGUCCAUGUUUUGUAGUUUUUUAAUCUGUCUUCAUGUUAAAUUCUACAUUUAAAUGACUCGCAAACACAUGGAUGUUUGUUGCUUUUUUGUAGCUUGAUUUGUUUGUUUUGCGGCUUCCGGUUUUUCUUUUAUUUCUUAAUGGGAUAUAAGAUUUGUUUUCUACCAGUUUUCCUUUUCAAUUUGUCUCCUGAUCAGAUUGGAUACAAAGCUCAGCUGAAACACUGAGCUUCUAAGACCAAAUGAGCAAUAAAAGACAGUGUCUCACAAUCAUUUGAAGCAGACAGGUUUCAGGUUAGGAUCUGUCACAGGAGUUAUUUUCUUCUGAUGUUGGAGGCAGAAAGACACAUAAAAGUACUUCAUGACCAAACUGCAUUAAUAUCUUAGUACAAAAAAGAAAAAAGAAGACUGUUCUAUGGACUAACUGCUGCUACCCUCUUCUAGAAUAACCCUAAAUAAUCAAAUGCACAAUCAACACUGUUCUGGAUCUGUUUCUCAUGUUUCCUUGUAGAUAUUAAACUUUAUUGUUUCACCUUGAUCCCCAAAUCUAAAAAUGGAACAAGUUUGUCCUCCAUCCACGGGUAGCUGUGUAUUUAAAGUGUUUGGGCGUCAGUAGCUGGAGGUCGAAGCAAUGAGUUGAUGUGAGAUUGGGUGUACUGAUCAACUUAAUGCAUGUAGAACAGAACACGUUGUGCUGAUGUUGUGCUGAGCUUGUUUUUGUUGUGACCGUCAUUGGUUGUUCUUCAGUCUGUGUUUUUCCUCUUCCGCUGUAAUCAAAGUAUGGAAGUCCAUUUCCGCCAAGAAUAGAAAGAAAAUAUAUUAAAGUUGGGCUUGAUAUAAAAUUCUCAACCCACAUUUUUAAGAAAAAGUAUGAGAUACUAAUUCAAAAUUCUGACUUACUAAUGCAAAAGUAUAACAGUCAAAAUAGUGUCUACUUAAAUGAAACAUUCAAACACAAUGAAACAUUUUUCGCUAUUCUCAAUGUUGACCAAAUUUUCAUAGGUAUCUUAAUUUUGGCUUAGUAAGUCAAAAUGUUGGCUUAGUAGGUCAAAUUUGAUCAUAAAUUUGAUGUAUUAUCAUAAUUUUGGUGUCAAAAGUUGAGGUAUCUCAUAACUGAAAACUACAUUUUGACUUUGCUCUCUCAUGAAAAGUACUUACCAUGAGUAUUUUUUUCUUUCCCUGGAAGUAAUGGGCUUCCAUAGAAGGACUCUGUUGUGGUUGCAGAGUUCCUCCUGCGCCUGAACUGGUUCUGCCAGAUGUGUGCAGUGGUGAGGAGCAGGCUGGAGUUGGAUGUUUGUUUUUUUUCUUGGAUACUAACACGGGUCUUUUGUAUGUGAUAGCCCCCCUGAUUAUAUUAAACCAUUAUAUUGUGGUGCUAUAUAUAUUUGAUAAAAAUGACUUAAUGUAUUGGGAUUACUAUUGUCUGAAAAUAAUUGUGAGUUUAGAGGGUUAUGGUGCAAAAUUUAUUUUGGAUACAAAUGAAAAAAAAUCUAUGUUAAUAGUUAUAAAUCUAUUGAUAUUAACACUGACCCCUGAGGUACAUUAUUAGAUUGCAGUUUAAAGUUUGUACAUCUUUUUGAUAGUGUAUACCAUUUUCCUUUCAUAUGGUAAAUUUGUGCUGUGAUCAAGCUUUGAUAGACUUUGUAAAUAAAGCCAAAUGUUUGGAUCAUAUAUUGGUUGUAAUGGAUGGCUUCUUUGUUUACAAGCAUUGCAAACUGUUUCCGCAUGGCUGUGAAAGUUUAUCUGGUGGUUUUUGUAAGAUCUGACUUUUACACUGAAUAAAAAGGCUUAUGACUUCAAA